ACAACGCCGUAGAUGGAUCAUGGCGGUCAAUCGAUUGAAAGCCGAUUCUCAUCUUUAUAUCCAUCUUUUUUCAAGGACGACUUGAUUUUGACUGUAAGAGAAACAAAGAUCUAUCCGUUCCGUCCUAUACAACUAUCUUCCUAACUGGGGGCAGAUACGGAAGAGGUAUUGUGUAGAGUUGCAACUCCAAACAUCCCUUAAUUGGUUUGUUGGCGGCCUCCAAUUGUAUGAAUGGCGGCCAAAAUCACGACCACUACUGCCUCUGCCGCCGCAACCUACGAAAGUGUAAUUUUGCGGCGGAGGAGGAUGAACGUUGUGCUCCUCCGACCAUCCUCAGUCACCAUUCCUUACUUUCAUGCUCCUCCCGCCACUACUAUGGUGAAGAUGAAAAUGACAUGUCAGUGCGUCACCAAGGAGAACACCGGCAUCUUCUCUGUGACACCCCCCAGCAAGGCUGAUUUUGACUACCUCGGCCAGAGUACCAAAGGCGACCUGAACCUCAACUUGGGAAUUGAUGACGGAGAGGUGGGUCUGGAAGGGCCCAUUGAGGAAGUGGCCAGAAUGGAAGCUCAAGAAGCAGAGUACUUGCUUAACCACUUGGGAAUUCCGGAUCCAUUUUCUGCAAGAUAUUCACCACGUGGCAUUUUUUGUAGUAGAACGCUUAAUUUGCGGUCAAUUAGUGUCAUUGGCUAUGACAUGGACUACACAUUGAUGCAUUAUAAUGUGAUGGCUUGGGAGGGAAGGGCUUAUGAUUAUUGCAUGGACAAUUUGAGAAAUAUGGGUUUUCCUGUUGAAGGACUUGCAUUUGACCCAGAACUGGUCAUUCGUGGGCUAGUGAUCGACAAAGAGAAAGGAAACUUAGUUAAAGCGGACCGGUUUGGAUAUGUUAAGCGGGCUAUGCAUGGAACAAGAAUGUUGUCUACUCAAAGAGUAAGUGAGAUGUACGGGAGAGAACUUGUGGAUCUGAGAAACGAGAGCCGGUGGGAGUUCCUCAAUACACUAUUCUCUGUUUCAGAGGCCGUUGCUUAUAUGCAGAUGGUAGAUAGAUAUGAUGAAGGAGCUAUAACUGCAGAUCUUGGUCCACUUGAUUACAAAGGGCUUUACAAGGCUGUUGGAAAAGCGCUCUUCAGGGCACAUGUCGAAGGCCAGUUGAAGAGUGAAAUUAUGUCGAAGCCAGAACUCUUUGUAGAACCUGAUCCUGAGCUACCUUUGGCACUAUUAGACCAGAAAGAGGCCGGUAAAAGGCUUUUGCUUAUUACCAACUCAGAUUACCAUUACACUGAAAAGAUGAUGCAGCAUUCUUUCAAUAGAUUCCUUCCAAAUGAUAUGAGCUGGAGAGAUCUGUUUGACAUGGUGAUAGUCUCUGCCAGGAAGCCAGAGUUUUUCCAGAUGUCACACCCAAUGUACGAAGUAGUGACUGGCGAAGGUCUUAUGCGUCCAUGUUUUAAGGCUCAUCCAGGGGGAUUAUACUCGGGAGGAAGUGCUCAGAUGAUUGAGAAUUCACUUGGUGUUCAUGGAGAUGAAAUUCUUUAUGUUGGUGAUCAUAUAUAUACAGAUGUUAGCCAAUCUAAAGUUCAUCUUCGAUGGCGCACAGCGCUAAUUUGCCGAGAGCUAGAAGAUGAGUAUAGCGCUUUAGUCCGUAGUCGAGGUCAUCGUGCCACGUUGAUAGAGCUUAUAAAUCAGAAGGAGGUUGUGGGCGACCUCUUUAACCAACUCCGACUUGCUCUUCAGCGACGAAGUAAAGGACGUCCGGCGCAGUUUUUCCUUCAGACUCUGGCUGCAACUCGCAUGGAUGAUAAGGAACUCACGGAAAGCAUUCAGAAGCUACUCAUUGUGAUGCAACGACUUGAUCAUAAAAUUGCUCCCAUGAUGGAAUCAGAUGGGGAGCUUUUCAACAGAAGGUGGGGCUUCCUUUCACGAGCAGGUCUGUGGGACAAAAGCCACUUGAUGAGGCAAAUUGAGAAGUAUGCUGAUAUUUAUACCUCAAGAGUUUCUAAUUUCCUUCAUUAUACACCUUUCAUGUACUUUCGUGCCCAAGAACAGUCCCUUGCUCAUGAUACGUACUCAUUCCACCACCUAAAGCAUGAAUCAUGAUGAAUCUGCUGAUCAUAAGAACAACAAAUUUUCCUUUUUAGAUAAUCCGUCCAGUUCUCAAUUUGUUGUAUAUAUUUUUUUUCCGAAGAGAUUUUGGGAGUCCUUUUUUUCAGUUUCUUGUUUCUGGGACUCUAUGUGAUGGAAAUUUAAGUUGCUAAUGUCAUAUUUGUUGUUGGAUCCUUGUAU